GGUCUGGAGUGGCACAACCCUCCCUGGGAACUAUUCCAGGGAGAAGGGCACCAGAGCAGAGAAUGACGCAUUCCUCGAUAGACCAGUAUCACUGUGGAGAUGGAGAGCCCGUUUGGAGGUGGAAGUUCUCUCAAGGAAACAACGCUAGAGAGUGUCAUGAAGCAAACAGGACUCCUCUCCUAUCACCAUGAAGUAUUGUGUCAUCACAGUCCUAAGAGCAACAGGACCAAAUGACCAUGGAGUGAAACCUCUGAAACAGCCCUUCGGUUUCAUGGCUGGAGACAAUCAGUCUGUGUCCUUUCAAGAUCACGAUAUUCUCAGGGCCAAGGAGACAAAUAGCUCCUGUUCAAGGAGCCUCUUGGGAGAUAAACAAAAGUCAAAGAAAACUUGCAAGGCCUUCCAGGACAUUUCCCAAUACUUCUCCAAAAGAGAAUGGGCAAAGCUGAGCUAUUCGGAGAAAACUACCUAUGUCUAUAUGAAAAGAAACUACACCACCAUGACUAAACUAGGCCUCAAAGCUAACCUCCCAGUUUUCAUGCAGUCCAAGAAACAGGCUGUAGAGUCGAAGGACAAUGACUCUGAUAAAGACGAUGGCUGUGAGAAGCAAGAUGAGUCUCCUGAGAGGAAUUUUGUCACGCCACCGAAAAAUUGCCAGAAGACCCCAAAGAAACCAGCACAGGAAGACAAUAAGGAAAAGAAAGUGCAAUAUGUACAUGACUCAGGAUUAGUGGAGAGUCAGAUGCACCCCCUAGGAAGAGCAAGUGCCUUGGAAAUGCCCAGUAAGAAUGUAUCAGAGCCUAGCAGCAGCCAUGUGGGUGCCUGGACCCUCAAGUUGCGGGAAAGGAAGCAACUGGUGUCUUAUGAAGAGAUCAGCGACCCUGAUGAAGAAGAUUGAGUCUCCCCAGACAGGUAAAAUCUGCCCAGGAUGGGAUAUUCAAUGAAGUUGUUGACCAUUCAUGGUGAUGGGCAUAACUAUGUACUCCUCAAUAUCAAAAGGAAAAAUUCAUAAUUGUAAAGUUAAACAUCAUCAUUUUUUUCCAUGUCCCAGGGACUCUUUUAAACAUUAUUUCUACUUGGUGACAAAUAUCCUCUUAGCAUUGUUCUUAUUCUGUGUUACUGUGUGAGCAUUGUUUUUACUGUGUACCAAAUACUCUGUAAGCACUGUUUUUUGUGUGUUAGGAUUGGUCUUACUGGAGCAAGCAUUGUUGCCACUUUUCUUCUUUUCUGCUAAUUUGUUAGCAUUAUUUUCAGCAUGUCCAAAACUUUUACCAUGAAAAAAUAGCCAGGCAUGUUGUCACAUUCCUUUAAUCUCAGCACUCAGGGGUGGGGGAGAGUGGUAGGAGGUUUGCCUGGAGUUCGAGGCCACCCUGAGACUAUAUAGUGAAUUCCAGGUCAGCCUGAGCUAGAGCGAGACCCUACCUUGGAAUACCAAAAAACAAAAAGAAUUUUUAUAAGCAACGCUAUUACUAUAUGCCUAGCACUUUGUAAGCUUUAUUUUACUAUAUGCCAAAUGCUUUAAGUGUUGUUUCUGCUAUGUGUGAAUCACUCUGAUGGCACUGGUGUUAUGUACUAAGUACUCUGUAACCACUGUGUUUGAUAUGUGGUAAGCACUCUGUUAGAUACUAAUAAUAUCUUGAAAAAAACAUACCUGAUGCAGAUUUUUAUUCUUCUACUUCUACACUUACCUUAUGAAGAAAGUAUGGACCAUUCUUUGCAUAGAAUAGCACCAUACUUUUCUCCUCACAUAAGGUGUUAUUACCAAAAUAGUUCUAGGUGUUUAGUCAUAAGCUUUUUUUCUCUAAAAUUACAAGCACAGAAAAUAGCAUUAUGAGCAUCUAUACUAGCCUUGCUCCACUAUCAAAGUGGAUGGACAAUUUCUUUCCCAAGUUUCCUGUUCAGUGUGUGUUCCAUACUGCAAAGUACCAUAUUCAUGUACCCUGAUUAAGUCACUGACAAUAAACAUUUGCAAAUGGCUCUCA